AUGGGUAGUUCACAUAGUUUUUAUUGUACUUUAAUAUAUGCUUUUAAUGAAAGUCAUAAAAGAUUGGAGUUGUGGAGUGAUCUUAAAGAUUUGCACACUCAGGAAGCUUGGAUUAUGUUUGGUGAUUUCAACUGUGUAAUGUCCACUGAGGAGAGGAUAGGAGCUCCUGAUAGAAACACUGAGAUAGUUGAUAUGUGUGAGUGUAUGCAUUUAUGUGGAAUGGAGGAUAUUAAGAGUGUGGGAAAUUUCUAUACCUGGAACAACAAACAACAAGGAGCAGCUAGAGUUUUUUCAAAAAUUGACAGAGUUAUGGCGGCAGAUAUAAAGGCAUAUAAUGAUAUGAGUGCAUCUCAGAAUGCUAUGCAUUUGAAUCCUUCAGAUUUGACACUUGGAGACUUGGAACUGCAGGCUAUCAAUGAGUACAAGCUGAAACAUCAGGCCUAUUUGGAUUUUCUGAGGAAAAAAGAAAAGUUAGAUUGGAUCAAGGCAGGUGAUGAAAACACUGCACUUUUUCACAAGACUAUUAGACAGAGGAGUGCUUUGAACCAGAUUUAUAGUAUUCAUGAUAUGCAUGGGGUUUGGAAAGAGGAUUUUGUUGAGGUUUCUAAGGCUUUUCUCGAAGCAAUUCUGAAUGCUCUAUACACUACUGAUGAAGUGAAGAAGGCAUUGUUCUCUAUUCCUGGGGUUAAAGCUCCAGGUCCAGAUGGUUUUGGUGCUUUUUUCUUCAAGGAUUCUUGGAGUAUAGUAGGAGAUAAAGUGAUUUCUGCUAUUUUAGAUAUGCUGCAGCAAGGGAAGCUUCUAAAGGAGCUAAAUCAUAUAGUGAUCACUCUCAUUCCUAAGACUAAGUGUCCUAACAAUGUGAGUGAUUUUCGUCCUAUUUCAUGUUUUAACACUCUUUAUAAGUGUGUUACUAAGAUUCUUUAUGGUAGACUUAGACAGAUUUUACCUGAUUUGAUCAUGGAAAAUCAGGGUGGUUUUGUGCAUGGAAGGCAUAUAGUGCAUAACAUCAUGGUGGUGCAGGAUUUAGUGAAACACUGUGGUAGGAAAGAUGUCAAGUCUAGUUUCUUAAUGAAGAUAGACUUGCAAAAAGAAUAUGAUACUGUGGAUUGGAAGUUCUUACAGGAAAUGUUGGAGCAAUUAGGCUUUCCUAAGAAUUUUGUGCACAUUGUGAUGGAGUGUGUCACUACACCUAUGUUUUCCUUGAUGAUAAAUGGUUUUAUGCAGGGUUUCUUCAAGUCCCAGAGAGAUGAUCUGAUUUUGUGUUGUAAAGGAGAGUUUGCUUCUAGCUAUUUGAUGCUGCAAGCUUUUAAGCUUUUUUCUGAUACUUCUAGUCUCCAUGCUAACAAGAAGAAAUCAUCUAUUUAUUGUUAUGGUAUGGCUGAAACUGAUGUGAGAAGAGUGGAUCGAGAUUACAGCACUAAGCCACGUAAUAUCUCUUGGGAGAACUCUUGUUGUAACAAGAAAGAAGGUGGAUUAGGUUUCAGGGAUGUCAUUAAAUGGAAAACUGCAAUGAUGGGGAAAUAUGUGUGGGUUGCAGCUUCCAAACAAGACAAUGUUUGGAUUAAAUGGGUGAAUGUUGUGUAUAUUAAAGAUGGGGUAUGGUGGGAUUACCAGCGAAGUGCUUCUGCCAGCUGGUAUUGGAGGAAGGUUUGUGAAACUAAAGAGAGUUUGAAACAUUUUUACUCACAGGCUGAGUUCAGUGCUAUCUCUCAGUAUUCAGUUAAAGCAGUGUAUGAAAAGAUCAUUGGUGCUAGACAUCUGGUCAACUGGGAUAGGUUAGUCUGGAACCCGUUGAACAUUCCUAGACAUAGAUUUAUUUGUUGGAUGGUUGUCCAAGCAAGGCUUCAAACAACAACAAAACUUGCCAAGAUUGGAGUCAGUGUGUCUCCUUUGUGUUUACUGUGUGGGCAGCAGGAUGAGGAUCAUAAGCAUCUUUUUUUUCUUGUUCUUAUAGUCAUCAGUGCAUAUAAGGUAUUAAAAAUUGGUUGGGUUUUUCUGGUGCAUCCUAUGAUCUACAACAGAUUAUUAGAGGAAUUGGCCAUAGCAGACACUCUCAGCUCAGGAAGAAAGUGUGGUAUGCAGGUCUGGCAGCAGUAG